AUGGUUCUAGCACAGCAAGCGAUCGAUAUCAUUUUGAAGCGCCCACUGAACGAUACGCUCGAGCACUGUCGACGCAAAUUAGGCGACUUGCACGAUACUAAGCCGCGCCAGGAAGACGUUGCGAGCAUCCUGGGAGCUUUGGUCGUGUCUCCCGUGGCAUUCAGCCUCAUCUCCCCUGAUGGAAAUGGCAGUAUAGCAGCCAGACUUCUGUCAAUCGCACAACUUGUUCGAGGAGGGGGCACGGGCGCGGAUCUCGAUCACUUCCGCCCGCUUGUCCGCCACGUCGCCGCCAACUCCCCCGACAUCGACAUCUGGUCAGCCGUCUUCGAUCUCAUCACUACCCUCAGCCCUUCCACGCCCCCUCCCUCCAACAUCGGACCGACUUUCAAUGGGACACCUGUCAAAUCGAGCUCGAGCCGACUAGCCGACAGCGAGACGCGCGAGACCAUCGAGAGAGAGCUUUUCUACGAGAUCAAGGACUGCACCUUCCGCAAUGUUGGACGUUUCUGCGACAAGUUUUUCAAUCCAAAAAACUGGUGCAAGGAACAGAGGGCGAUGCUGGAGGCGGUGAUGGCAGAGCACGACGGCAAGAAGUGGAUGGGAUUCCCGACCAUUCCCGACGAACAACCUGUCUGGGCUUGGCUUCGCUCACUCGAAGAGCUCGCCUUAGCCGACACACCACACAAGCUCUAUACCACCAAGACAGCCCACCAGUUCAAGGAAGGGAAUGGCCAGAUGGACAUUUUCUUCCAGACCCCAGCUACGAAAGCGAGCGAUAAAUUCGAGCACAAGGACGUUCUUGUAGUCGGCGAGCAGAAGAAGUCGUACGACAGCAGUCGAUUCAAGGCGGACCUCCUCCAGCUUACGCGUUACAUACGAGACAUUUUUUACGACCAGCCGACACGCCGAUUCGUCCAUGCGUUCACACUCUGCGCUUCCAUGAUGGAGCUCUGGGUCUUUGAUCGAUCUGGGGCGUACAGCUCGGGGCCAUUCGAUAUUCACGACAAACCUGAUAUGUUUGCGCGUGCUCUCGUCGGCUACGCCACGAUGGACAAUGAGGCCAUGGGGUUGGAUUUGUUCAUCGAGCGGGAGACAGAUGCAGAGAGCAAGGAGCAUCGCCACGUCACACUGGAUGACGCAAACGACAACGCAACGAGAAUCAGGCUGGUGCAGGCAAUGGUGAGGCAGAAGGCAGUCGUGUGUCGUGGGACGACGUGCUUUAGGACCGGAAGCAACCACGUCGCCAAGUUCUCAUGGGCAUCGGACAAGCGGAAGCUAGAGGUAGAACAGCUGAAGCUGGCAGAAAAGAGGGGCGUCAAGGGGGUGGCGAGGGUCGUGGCGCAUCGCCAGAUCACCACCAUUGCCGAGCUGCGGGAGGGUCUCGACUUUCAAGAGCGACACAAGUUCCGGAGUGAAGAAGCCAGCUUCGAAGAUCCGCCGUCGGUCGCGAAGAGCACAAACAGGUCGAGCAACAAGCGGAAGUCGUCGUCUGAUCACAACUCCGAUGCGUCCGGGUCUAAGAGGCGGCGGUCCAACAGUCAGAAGAAACUGGUCCAGAAGCUGAGUAAUGGGUUGUCAAUCGGCAAGGUCAAGCCAAGUCUGUACAGCCGCAGCGAGGAUCUAUGGGAGAAUAGGGUUUAUUCCUGCCUCGUCAUCUCACCAGCAGGCCGGGUGAUCAGCGACUUUAAAUCGGUUAGGGAAUUGCUGGAGUCAAUGCGGGACGCGAUUAGGGCACACCAGUCACUUUACAAGACGGGCAACAUUCUCCAUCGUGAUAUUUCAUCAAACAACAUAAUAAUCACGGAACCGGAUACAGCAGAUGGUUUCAGGGGUAUGCUCAUCGACCUUGACCUGGCGAAGGUUAGGGACAGCAGCCCAAGCGGAGCACGGCACCAGACAGGCACAAUGCAGUUCAUGGCUGUGGAGGUGCUGCGUACGGCUGACCACACCUACCGGCACGAUUUGGAGUCGUUCUUCUACGUGUUACUCUGGAUGUGCGCCCGCCAGUCAUGGAGUAAUGAAUUUGCUAGCAAAGAGAACCGACCUAAGGAGAGUCUUCUUCGGAGAUGGGAAAUCGGCAGCUUUAAGUAUAUUGCAGCCGCCAAAGAAGGCGAUAUGACUGUAAACGGCCUCGAGAGGAUCAUGGGUGAAUUCCCAGAUGCGUUGGAUGUUGUAAAGCCGCUAUGCCUGAAGAUUAGGAAGGUUCUCUUCCCCCUGGACAACGAGGAGAGGAUCAGCUUCGGAACACCUGCGGGAGACCCGGACCAACUAUAUGCACCCAUUAUAGCAACUUAUGAUGAGGCAAUCCGCAAUUUGUAG